CGCCGAACCCCUUCCGUAGGUAAAAAAUAGGUUUUCUUAAAAUUCGUAGGGAAUUGUGGGUAGAAAAUUGAGUUGCUGCGUAGGCUGUGCGUAGGUAGAAACUUUUUAGGUGGUAGGUGGAAAUGUUAUAUUGUUCAUGGCAGCACUAAAGCUGUGGCUUCGGAAGGCUCUGAAAAUGCAUUUGUUGGCGCUUGCAGCUUUUACCGUUUUGUCAAGCCACGUGCUUGCUGAUUUCAACUUGACAAUCCUCCACACCAACGAUGUUCAUGCAAGAAUCGAGCAGACCAACAAGUACGGUGGAAAAUGCAGCGACCUAGAUGCAGCCAUUAACAAAUGCUUUGGUGGCGUUGCAAGGCGGAAGACAGCGAUUGAUCAAAUCCGAAAAACGGAUGAAAAUGUCUUGCUUUUAGAUGGUGGAGAUCAGUUCCAAGGAACACUCUGGUUCAAUGUUUAUAAAGGCCUCGAGGCUAGCACUUUCAUGAAUGAUCUUGGAUACGAUGCAAUGGCGUUUGGCAACCACGAGUUCGACAAUCGCAUUUCUGGCCUACUUCCAUUUGUCAAAGCUGCAAAUUUCUCGCUUGUUUGUGCCAAUAUGGAUGUAUCCCAAGAGCCUCUUUGGCCACAGAGAGACACAAUCUAUAAAAAGAGUAACGUUUUUACCCUGAGUGGCAUCAAGGUGGGUGUCAUUGGAUACAUAAUCAAGGAAACAACAUGGCUUUCGUCACCAGGAAGAAAGAUCAAAUUUCUUGAUGAAGUCGAGGCAGUGAAGACGGAAGCAGCGAGGCUGAAAAGUCAAGGCGUGAAAAUUAUCAUUGCAGUGGGGCAUGCUGGGAUAGAUGUUGAUAUAAACAUCGCAAAGAAUGUCGAAGACGUGGAUGUUGUGGUUGGCGGACACACGAACACAUUUAUGUACACUGGAACUCCUCCUUCGAACGAGAAACCUUACGGAAACUACCCGCUUAUCGUAAAUCCAACUUCUAAACCAGCGAAGAAAAUCCCAGUCGUGCAGGAUUUCACAUUUGGAAAGUAUCUUGGGAACCUAAAGCUACGAUUUGAUGAUAACGGAGAGUUGAUCUCGUACAACGGUAACCCAAUCCUUCUAGAUGGGUCAUAUGCACAGAACCCAGCGUUGCUUAAGAAAGUUGAGGGCAUGGCAGGUGCUGUAAGGAAUUUUUCCGAGGUUUCCUUGGGAAAAACACACGUCUUUCUAGAUGGGGAAAGGACUUCCUGUCGUCUCAAGGAAUGCAAUCUUGCAAAUUUUGUAUUGGAUGCUCUUGUCCACACAAACGCGAAGCAACCGGACGAAUUGAAAUGGGCAGAUGUAGGCAUUGCUCUGUGGAAUGGUGGCGGAAUACGAACGUCGAUCGAUAAGAAACCAAACGAAACUAUAACAUAUGGGACUCUUUUGUCCGUUUUACCAUUUGGGAACACAGCCGAUAUUGUUGAAAUUAAAGGCGAGCACAUUCUACAAGCUCUUGAAUUUGGAGUGACCAAAUGGAAUCCUUCUUCUCCCAGUGGAAAAUUUUUACAAGUUUCAGGUAUUCGUGUUACCUAUGACAUGAGUAAGCCAGAAGGAAGCAGAGUUGCUGGAUGCCGUGUGAGAUGCGCCCAAUGCAGGGUGCCAAAAUAUGAGCCAAUCAAUAAGACAACAGUUUACAAGGUGAUAUUAUCUUCAUUUAUUGCCGAUGGUGGAGACAACUAUCAGGUAUUCGUGAAUCAUACCAUGAAACGUCAUCCUGGAAACGUAGCAUCUACAAUGGUCGCCGAUUACAUCAAAACUGAGUCACCUGUAAUCAUUGGCGAAGAGGACCGCAUCAUGUUUGCGAGUCCAAGUCCGCCGCCGAGUCCGCAGCCGUCAGCAAGUCCGAGUCCACAGCCGUCCGCCAGUCUAAAUCCGCAGCCAUCCUCCAGCCAAAGUCCGCAGCCAUCCGCCAGUCCGAGUCCACAGCCAUCAUCGGCAUCUACCAAUACUGCAGCAACGAUGACAGCUUUUGCGGUUGUAGUUUUCUUUAUACCUAUGUUACUAUGAAGUAAUUUAGGCCUUGAUUUCUUUCCAAGGCUGCCAGAGCCACAAGUUUUGAUGUCGCUUUUUGUCUAGAAAUCUUUUUUGAGAAACUUCAAAGAUCUUUCCAAACUUUUCUGCGUUUCAAUUUCUUCUAAGCAAAACUGUACUUUUCAAUAGCUUUUUUAAUGUUAGCCUUUGAUAUUUCCUAUAACAAAUAAAUAAAACAUAUACAGACCUCUUUGAAUAUUAGACAAUGUCAAAUAUAUAUAUUCAUCAUCAAUUUUCGGUUUCGUAUUUUUAAUAUUGGUUCGAUAAACACAACGCAUUUUAAUAAUGAGUUCAUUUUGAAAUUGGCGAAUAACACAUUUUUUAUACAUACAUAAGUUCAAUUUUUUAGA